AUGGCAGAGAGGCCGGGGUCUCGGCACCUCUCGCUGUAUAAACUGAUGGGCUCGCCGCCUUGGAAAGAGGCUUUCAGGCAGGGAUGCCUGGAGAGAAUGAGAAACAGCCGGGACAGGCUCCUGAACAAAUACCGCCAGGCUGGAGGCAGUAUGUCAGGAGGUGCUCAGAACACCCUUCUAGUGCAGGAGGUGAUGGAAGAAGAGUGGAAUGCUUUGCAGUCGGUGGAGAGCUGGCCACAGGCCUGGGCUCAGUUGGAGGAGCCGAUGGACCUGGCUGUGCUGGAGGAAAUCCAACAGGAGCUGAUUGAUCAAGAGCAGCGCGUCAUCAGCGAGUACGAGAAGGGCCUGCAGUUUGACGAGAAGUGUCUCAGUGUCAUGCUCGCUGAGUGGGAAGCGAACUCCCUCAUCUGCCCCGUGUGCACAAAGUACAACCUGAGGAUAGCAAGCGGACUGGUCGUGUGUCAGUGUGGCCUGUACAUCCCGUCUCAUUCUCCGGAGGUGACAGAGCAAAAGCUUCGCGCCUGUCUAGAAGACAGUGUGAACGAGCACAGUGCACACUGUUCCCACAUGCCAGAGUUUUCAGUUACGGAGGGGACAGAGGAGAAGUCGACUCUUCUCAUGAGCUGUCUGGCAUGUGAUACUUGGGCUGUGAUCCUCUAG